CUAUCUCCCCAGAACAGUCAAGGUCUCCCUUACUUGUCGCUACGGUCAAUAAUCUCGAUAUCGGAAACGGCCACACUACAGCAAGUUGAAACACAGGUAGAUAUUCCUCGCCACACAUUUUACCAUCUCUUCACCAGACGUACGAUUCAUAACAUGCACAAAUAAAAAUAUAAAAAAAAUAAAAAAAUUUAAAUCAACAUAAGCUCGAAGCUUACGAAUAGCACAGAGAACUUGACUAACGUGCUGCCUCACUGAAAUCGUAUGAGCUCCCCGCUUGUAGUUACAGUACCGUACCAUAAGGUUUCCACGUACCGGCAGCUGAGAUAAACGUCCCAGGACCAGCUGGUCACACUCAGAGCAGCGCCCUCAGCCUCUCUCAGGAAGGGGUUAGAAACUGCCACACGCCGUUCCCUCUUUCUCCUACCACGCCAGCUAGGAGAUAGGAAAGUCAGCUCCCGGAGUAGUGAGUCAGCAGCUAGACCUACCACCAUGCCCUUCCCACAGGACCUGGAGGGCUUUGGGGUGGAGAUUGAAAACUAUACCUUCAAAGAUAGACUAGACUGGCUCUUCCAUGUGAACUCCCCAAGCGAAAUAUUUAAAGCCCAGCCCACCUACUUCCUCUCUGAGUGGUCCUUCGUCAUCAUUGCCUUCAUCUCCCUCAUCCAUGCCUUCAUUGUGGGUGGCCGCUGGAAGUACAUGUGGCUGGGCUGCUACCUGCAUGGCCUCACCACAGAGAUGGUGUCCUUCUGGAUGCCAGACAUUGACAACUACUGGCACUCUCAAACUACAGUUAUAAUGCUGGGUCGACGCUUGCCAUUCCACAUCCCUCUCAUCUAUCCAUCCUUCAUGUACAACGCAGCCUACAUGGUGGCCCAUGCCAAGCUGCCUCGCUGGGCUGAGCCAAUGGCAGCUGGACUAGUGGAGGUGCUUAUUGACAUACCAUAUGACAUCAUGGCAGUCAAGUUUGUGCACUGGACUUGGCAUGACACUGACCCCAACAUCUAUGACCGACAUUACUGGGUGCCUUGGAACUCCUACUACUUCCACCUCACAUUUGGCACGGCCUUCAACUUUGCUCUCCACUUCUGGCGCCGCAAGAUUACUGGCAAUGAUGACAAGGAAUAUGUCUCAAGCCCUGGCAAGGAGGUGCUCUGUGCUGCACUAGCUGGCCUGUGUGGCAUGCCUGGGGGAGUGCUGCAGUUCCUCUUCCUUUACCACCCCCUCCAUGACUCUCUCGGCAUCCACACUGAAAACUGUGUCAUCACUAUCCUGGUUGUCUACUUCUUGAUUGUGUGGACAGCUGACCGUGCUCCAGGACUUUCAGCACGCAGGCACAAAGCUGAGCGUCUGCACUGGUCCGUGGUGCUAGUGGUAUUUAACAUGGUGCUCCACUACGGCCUGUACUAUGGCAUGGCACUCUUCGGCUCCCCUGAGAGUGAGGUCUCCAUUGGUCUUCACGAGCGCACUGGCCCUUGUGAUGAGAAGACCAAGGUGUACACUGCCAUAGGAGGGGUGCUGGAAAGGAGGACCUACCUCUGCACUAGUGACUAUGACGAGGGCUACUUUGAUUUCCACUGCCUGCCAGGAGGGAAGCCGGUGAGUGACGGCAAGGAGUGGUACACCAUCUGUGGCACGCCCUUUCCUAACCGGGCAGAGUACAUAUCAGUCAUCACUCUGGUGUGCACACUGGCAGCCGUAGUGUUCUAUAACCUGCUGGCUCGCAGUUCUCGCACACUGUACUAUCACAAGACAACCCUAAGGAAGAAGAAAACAAAGUGAUGUCUCCCAGUUUGUGUUUAUAUCACACACCAGUAUCAAAGAAAGUCUAGUGAGAUUCCUUAUACAUACAACACACUGUUAAGACAAUGUGCAACACUUCUUUAAUAUGUAUAUCAAAUAAAUAUACAUAACACCUUUCUUUAAAAAUGGGUCGAAAGAUGUUUUGUGUUGUAUCUAUCCAACAAUUUAUGGAAUUUUAUAAAGUUUUAGAUAUUGAAACCUUC